AUGUUAUCUGAGGUACAAGCGGAGUUCCCAGAACUCACUAGCGAAGCGGAACUUCGAGCUGCUGAAGUCGUACGACCAGAAGACGUCCUUCGCCUCAACGCGAUUACUCAAGAUUAUCUCUGUAAGCCUUCGGCAAAUAUUUACGAUAUUGAAUUCACCAGAUUCAAAAUCAGAGACUUGGACACUGACCAAGUACUAUUCGAAAUCGAGAAACCGCCAGAGGAUGCUUCCGAGCGUGAGGAUCAACCUGCCGAAGCAGCGCGAUACGUGCGCUACCGCUUUUCGGAGGAUUUUCUUCACUUGAAGAGGGUUGGUGCAACAGUAGAGUUCGUAGUCGGGAGUAAGCCAAUCAAUAAAUUUCGCAUGGUUGAAAGGCAUUUCUUCAAGGAUCGCUUGUUGAAAAGCUUUGAUUUCGAGUUUGGAUUCUGUAUCCCAAAUUCGAAGAACACUUGCGAACAUAUUUACGAAUUUCCACAUCUCAGUCCUGAAUUAGUUAAAGAAAUGGUGGAAUGCCCGUACGAAACUCGCUCUGAUAGUUUUUACUUCGUGGAUGACCAACUAAUUAUGCACAACAAGGCCGACUAUUCAUACGAUGGCUGA